AUGCUUUUGGUAAAUGUUGUUCCUCUAUUGGAUUUGAGUGUUUUACUUGGGAAUGCACUUAUUGACAUGUAUGCUAAGUGUGGAAGUAUUGAGUUAGCACUUCAGGUGUUUCAAACGAUGAGAGAGAAAGAUGUUACAACAUGGAAUUCGGUUAUAGGAGGAUUGGCUUUUCAUGGCCAUGCUAAGGAAUCAAUCAAUUUGUUUGUUGAAAUGCAGAGAUUGAAAAAUAUUAAGCCAAAUGAUAUAACUUUUGUUGGGGUGAUUGUUGCUUGUAGUCAUGCCAGGAGUGUUGAAGAGGGGCGCCGGUAUUUCAAACUUAUGAGAGAGAGGUAUAAUAUAGAGCCAAAUAUAAGACAUUACGGUUGUAUGGUGGAUUUGUUAGGACGUGCAGGGUUAUUGACUGAAGCAUUUGAGUUCAUAGCCAAAAUGGAGAUUGAACCUAAUGCUAUAGUUUGGAGGACUCUGCUUGGGGCUUGUAGAGUUCAUGGAAAUGUUGAACUGGGGAGACUUGCAAAUGAGAGACUGCUUAAAAUAAGAAGGGACGAGAGUGGAGAUUAUGUGCUACUUUCAAACAUAUAUGCUUCAGCUGGUGAGUGGGAUGGAGCUGAGGAGGUGAGGAAGUUGAUGGAUGAUGGUGGAGUGAGCAAAGAAGCUGGCCGCAGCCUAAUUGAAGCAGAUGACAGAGCUCUCAUGCAAUUCUUGUUUGAUUCAAAACCCAAGUUAAAUUCAAGAAGCCAAGCGUCAUGA